AUGGCUGAGAAAGCCCCCUCGCCGAGUAAUCGCCGCCGCGAGUCGGCUUCGUCGUCCGCCGGCAAAAAGCGCGAGUCGCGCGCUGGUACGCGCAAAGUGACCUCGCUGACGGCCGAGCAACUUGAGCGCAAGCGCGCCAACGAUCGUGAGGCCCAGCGCACCAUUCGCGCGCGCACCAAGGAGCACAUUGAGAGCCUGGAGCAUCAAGUUGCUGAGCUGAGCGCCAAGGGCGACCAGGUCGACCGCGUGCUACAGCGCAAUGCCGCCCUCGAGGCCGAGAUUGCGCAUCUGCGGCAGCAGCUCGCUAUCAUGACAGCCGACGAUGAACGGAGAUCAUCCACUUCGUCCAACCCAGCCAGCGUCAUUUCAUCACCCUUUAACAGCCCGCCUGUAACCGAUUCACUCUCAUCCGCCUCAUCCAUUCCCCCAGUCCCCAACCAUCGCAUGUCCAUGUCGCAUGGCACCUGGCAUUCAUACGCGCCGGCCACUGGCCCCGAUCAGCAACCCGGUGGCCAGAUCUACGCCAUGGCCGAUCCCAUUGCUGCAGCUGCCGCCGCCGCUGCUGCCGCUGCUGCUGGAUCGACUAUGCAUCGCCAUCAGCCUCAUGCUCACGCUCACGGGCUGGCAUAUACGAUUCCUCAUUCUGCUGCUGCCCAAUAUCCCACCGCGGAUGCAUAUCAUCAUAAUCAGAUGUAUUCACCGCGAGCGGCACAUCCGCAGCAGUCCCAGCAACCUCCACCACAACAACAGCAGCAUCAGGCUCAUGUAGCUGGCAUGGGCUAUGAUUCUGGGUUCCACCUACCACAAAACCCUAACCAGUCCGCGCAUGCGUAUCCGCAUCCGCCGCCGCCCAGCUCGCAGAUCCAGUUCCAGUGGGACUCGCGGGGUUGA